AUGGCGGAGCUGGCGGGCAGCUGGCAACUCUGGCCAGGCGCAGCAGCUUCACCAGCGCCGUUCGUGAACCACGACUGCCUUGAGCUGCCGCUGCCAGUGCUGGACUGGGACCUGCUGCGGCACGGCCUGCGCGGCAGCUGCGGCCACACGCGGCUCACCCGGACCCUGCGCUGCGCCGCGCGGAUCGAGAACUGGCAGGAGCACGUGCUGCGGGUACUCAGACCCUUGGCGCCCACUGCGCGCCAGGCCUUUCAGGCCUUGGACCGGCUGCUGCCGGCGGCCUACACGGAAUGCCGCCUGGGGGUGGUGGUGCUCUACGUGGCCCGAGUUCUCAUGUGCCUGGCCGCCGGGGACAUCGAGUGCUACGUGCAGCACAGCCCUUGGAUCUCCGCCGAGCUGUACAAGACGCCCCUCACGGUCGUCAUGGGCACGGACUGGCCCAUCUUCGCGCUGCUGAACUCCUACGACUGGAGCUAUCCGGGCAUCCCCCGGGGCAACGACUACGAGACUGCGUCAAAUCCAAUCGCACCUUGGACUGGCCGCGGCUGCUGGCUGCGUUGCAGGAUGACGAGCGGCGCCCAGAGGCCAGCUGGUGGCUGGACAUCCUAA